GCUGCUGCUGCGCGCUACCUGCUUUCACCUUGACGCGGCACCGACCGUCCGUCACGGGAGCGGCUGGCGGGAGCGAGGAUGGCUGCAGAAGAUGCUCAGUAACGGACACAGCGACACAAAGCAGGCCGAGAACAGCGCCGGGACCUGCUCCGGGACCGGAUGCCGUUCGGUCCAUGUUCCGACCAUGGAACGAGCCCGGCCGGUGACGGUGACGGUGUCCGCGGUGAGCCUCGCGCUCAGCGUCACGUCGCUACUGCUGCUGGUCACCGCCAUCUCCACCGAUCACUGGUAUGAGACCGACACCCGCCGACACAAGGACAACUGCGACCGGCACGGUUCCGACUCCAACGACCAGAAGAACCGCGAGAUGCCCAUCUACCACCUGCCGCUGGUGGACACUGGAGGCGGCGGCGGAGGAGGAGGAGGAGGCGGCGGCGGCGGAGGUGGCGGAGGCGGCGGUGGGGCCCGGCACCGGGACGUAGCGCUGAUGAAGCCCGUUCAUGUGGGAAGCAGAGAGGAGGAGCUGCUGGAAAACUGGAGAGCCAUUCUGGGAAUGGGAAUUCUGGAGAGCGAGUGUGGAAGGCCGCUGUUUUCCACGCACUCCGGUCUGUGGAGGAAAUGUUACUUCACCGAUAUGGACCCCGAUAUCGAUAAACUCAUCGACCGAGGUAUUGCUGACCGCUGCACAGCUGUCAAGUAUCACUUCUCUCAGCCAAUCAGAUUAAGGAACAUCCCACUGAACCUCACAAGGACGAUUCAGCAGGACGAGUGGCACCUGCUGCACCUGCGCCGCAUCACCGCAGGUUUCCUGGGAAUGGCGGCCGCCGUCCUGUUGUGUGGCAGCAUCGUGGCAUCGGUCGGGUUCUUCUGGGAAGAGAGUCUGACUCAGCACGUGUCCGGUCUGCUCUUCCUCAUGGCAGGAAUCUUUUGCACCAUCUCUUUGUGCACAUACGCAGCCAGUGUGACCUACGACCUCUCCAGGAAACCACCGUUUAUCUACGGUCUGCCGGCGGACGUGGACCACGGUUAUGGCUGGUCCAUCUGCUGUGCCUGGGCCAGUCUGGGUCUGACGGUGGCGUCCGGCUGCCUCGGCACCACGUUUCCGUUUCUGAGUCGUGCCGGAGCGCUGCGGUCCAAGACCGCCCGCGAGUCGUCCGUUUGAAAGGCCUGUGGGCGGGAGCAGCAAGUGGGCGGGGCUUUCAGAGUGGUUUAUUUAAUUCUGGUCAUGGACAGAUGAAAUAGCGCCCCCUGAUGACUUUCACAAUGCUAAUGUUUAUGAUGUGGACACACACAUACACUCGACUGAUUUUGUGUAAAUAUUGACUCGUGUUUUGUUUUGUGAGACUCAGCAGCAGAUGUACAGACGUUUUCAAGCUCCUCCCACUUUCCCUGUGUGCUUUGAACCUGACGCGUGAUCUUUGAACCUAGCGCGUGAUCUUUGAACCUGACGCGUGAUCUUUGAACCUGGCGCGUGAUCUUUGAACCUGACGUGUGAUCUUUGAACCUGAUGUUUGAACCUGACUCGUGAUGUUUGAACCUGAUGUUUGAACCUGAUGUUUGAACCUGACACGUGAUCUUUGAACCUGAUGUUUGAACCUGACGUGUGAUCUUUGAACCUGAUGUUUGAACCUGACGCGUGAUGUUUGAACCUGACACAUGAUCUUUGAACCUGAUGUUUGAACCUGACACAUGAUCUUUGAACCUGAUGUUUGAACCUGACGCGUGAUGUUUGAACCUGACGCGUGAUUUUGAACCUGAUGUUUGAACCUGACACGUGAUCUUUGAACCUGAUGUUUGAACCUGACGCGUUAUCUUUGAACCUGAUGUUUGAACCUGACGCAUGAUCUUUGAACCUGAUGUUUGAACCUGACGCGUGAUCUUUGAACCUGAUGUUUGAACCUGACGCGUGAUCUUUGAACCUGACGCGUGAUCUUCGAACCUGAUGUUUGAACCUGAUGUUUGAACCUGACGCGUGAUUUUGAACCUGAUGCGUGAUCUUUGAACCUGAUGUUUGAACCUGACACGUGAUGUUUCAAACACGCCACGUGUCUGUGUAUCUCCUGCUGAACCAGGUCAGAACCUUUCAGCUCUUCUCAGUACGUACACGUGUGUAUAUAUACCGUAUAUAUAGUAUGUAUAUAAAUAUAUGAAUGUGACUGAGGUGUGUGAGGACAUGUGACCAUGUCUGUCUUCAUACACUCAUCAAAAUAUAAACUCAUUAGUUCAGAAUGUCAUUUGUUAAAGUGACGUGGGUGGGGUCUGAGAAUGUGCGUCCUGUGGGAGGGGCUGAGAUAACCACGCCCUCAGAUUAAGAGGUUUGUUUGUAGAUGUGCAUCUCAAUUAAUAAUAAACACAUUUGACAAUCAGCUGCUCCGCCUCUUCAGGUGUGAUAUCACCAGAACUUUGUUCCUGGGUUUGGUUUGGAACAUAAAGACACAUAAACAUGUUUAUGUUUACAUGUUAAUAUUUCAAGCAUGUGUAUAGCACGCACAGACGCACACACACUCACACAAUCAUUCACACACACAGGUCAUAGUUUUUGAAUCAGUAGUGACUGGACUUCAAGAUUUAACCAGCAAAACUACAAUUCCGGCCGCAUGGUGGAGCACAUGGUUAGCACAGUUGCCUCGCAGCAAUAAGGUUGCCGUGUUCUCCGGGUUCGUCUCACUGUCCAAAGACAUGAAGAGGUUAAUUGGACACUCUGAAUUGAUGUGGCAGUGAAUGGUUGUUUGUCUCUACAUGUUUGACCUGUGAUGGACUGAUGACCCCGCCUUUCUCCCUAUGUCAGCUGUGACUGGCUCCAGCCGCUCUGUGACCCUCAUGUGAAGGAUAAAGUGGUAAAUGAUGAAUGAAUUAACUAAGUCCAGUUGCUACUGAUUGAUGUGUUUUGGAGGAAGUGAAAUCAGGUUUGAACAGAUACCACAUCAUCGCCCCCUGCUGGACACUGUAGUUGUUGACAUCCAGAUGUUCAGAUCUAAAUAAAAUAAUGACAUGAUCAGAUUC